AUGGGCUGCGGACCUUCCAAACCAGAAGAAAGGACGAAACCCGCCGCUGUUUCAGCGGCAGCGAAAGCCCCGGCGGCGAAACCGGCGGAAAAGAAAGAGGAACCGAAGAAAGUGAUUGAACAAGAAGAAAAACCUGCAGCAGCAGCAGCAGCAGCUCAAACGUCCAAGAAAGAAGUCGUCGAGACGCCGAAACCGAAACCGACGCCGAAACCGACACCGACACCGAAACCGACACCGACACCGGCGGCGAAACCGGCGGAAAAAGCGGCUCCUACACCUCCGGCGCCGAAUCCGAAACCAGUUCAACCGCAGGAAUCUAGUAGCAACAACACGAACCCGAACAGACCGCCGCAGAUGGGCGAGGACACGAGAACCAAGUCGCAAAAGAGGAACGCGAAGAAGAGGGAAAAGGCAAAGGCGAAGAAAGCGGAGGCGGCGGCCACCGGCGGUGAUGGUGCUCAGUAA